AUGAAUACAUCGGAAAGCAAUACAAUAGAAUGUUGUAAUUAUGAAGAUGAUAAUGAAUUAGUGAAAUUCUUCAAAGAUAAGACGAUUUCAUUGCUUCCAUAUUGUUUAUUUUGUAAUAAGAAGAUGGAAGCUCUCAACGAGACAAAUCACUUGAUUAGGUGUUGUAAAUUGUACCAUCAAAUGCUAUCCGAAUUAAAUAUUCAAAACUUAGUACUUGUACAAGAAUUACAAAAGAAAGAUGAGAAAAUAGCACAUUUAUUACAAUUAUUAGAAUCAAAAGGUGUAGUUUUACCAACCUCCAAUCACAACUCUAUUUAUGAUUCAAAACCAGCUCCAAUCACUCUAAUACCAACUACAACUACCACUACCACCACCAGUAAUUCAAAAUCAAAACCAAAAUCAGAUAUCAAUAAAGAAGAAAUGGAUUCUUAUGCUAGGAAAAAGCAAUUAGAUGGAGAUGCGCAACAACGACUCAAAUGCUAUCUCUCAGCUCCAAUCAGAGACGUAACAAAUGGAAAUAUCGUGAGAGCGCCUUUCAACUGCUUACAAGAUUACCUCAAGAAUAAGAGAGAAUAUUGGAAAUCGUGGUGUGAAGCAAAUAAGAUUUCUUCAUCAGACAUCACCAAUGUUGACCAGGAAUCAGAUAUCGAUCAAGAUACUUGUAUGCCUCAAGAGCCACCAGCAAAGAGGGGUAGACCAUCAAAAAAGAUUGUUGACAACGAUGUCAAUAAUACACCAAAAAAAAAAAAGAAAACUAAAGUUCUGAAAAUAUUGUCAGAUUAUUGCGUUGGAUAUUUCGAAGACUUAUCCAUCGAUUCUGAUUACUUGGAAAACGAAAGUGUUAUUAUGCAACAUAACCGAGAAAAUACUAGAGUUCAUUUGGUGGUUGAUGGAUCAGAGCAAAAUAUACAAACACCAAAAGACAAGAAACAGAGAUUUAACUUAUUCAGUGGCAGUGAUUGCUUAUUUAACUAUUCGAUAUCACUCAUUUGUAUACCCCCACUGUCUAAAUAA